ACGCCAUGAGGCCCGAGCCCAGCGGAAACUAAAUGGAGCCGGGUCCGCAUCAGUCGAAGAGGCCGCGGCUGGAGCCGGAGCCCGAGCCCGAGCCCGAGCCCGAGCCCGAGCCCGAGGCCCGGGGGAGGGGGGGGCCGGGCCCUGAGGCCCGGGCCCGGCAGGACCGGGCCUAUUUCCACUCGUACUCGGACGUGUCGAUCCAUGAGGAGAUGAUCGCGGACUCGGCGCGGACCGGCUGUUACCGCCGGGCCCUGCAGGGCGGCCUGCGGCCUGCGGCCGGGCCCGAGCCCCGGGCUCGAGUGAGCCUGCUGCAGGACCGCACGGUGCUGGACGUGGGCGCGGGCACGGGCAUCCUGAGCGUCUUCUGCGCGCAGGCGGGGGCGGCGCGCGUGUACGCGGCGGAGGCGAGCGCGGUGAUGGCGGAGCGCGCCCGCGAGGUAGUCGAGGCGAACGGGCUGAGCGGCCGCGUGCGGGUGCUGAGGGGCCGGGUGGAGGAGGCCGAGCUGCCGGAGAGGGUGGACGCCAUCGUCAGCGAGUGGAUGGGCUACGGCCUCAUGUACGAGUCGAUGCUCCGCAGCGUGCUGCACGCCCGGGACCGAUGGCUCAAACCGGGCGGCCUGCUGUUCCCGUGCCGAGCCGAGCUCUACAUCGCCCCGGUCAGUGACCCGGCCCUGCACGAGCGCCUCUCCUUCUGGGACGGAGUCAAGGAGCAGCACGGCGUCGACAUGGCCUGCAUGGCCGCCUUUGCCCGCCGCUGCCUCAUGAACGACGAGAUGGUGGUGAGCGCCCUGCACGGCGAAGACGUCCUGGCCCGGCCUACCAUGUUCGCCGCUGUCGACCUCUACACCGUCACCGAGCAGCAGCUCGAGGAGCUGGGCGGCCUCUUCUCGGUCUCGGCCUUUGGCAUCGCCACCAUGCAUGCCUUCGCCGUCUGGUUUUCCGUUAUCUUCCCGACGUCCACCCCCACGGACCACACCGACCACGGGCCAAGUGGCCACCAUGCCACCAGUGGCCACGACGAUGGUCAAUGCUCGACCAGUGGCCACGACGAUGGUCAAUGCUCGACCAGUGCCCAUGACGAUGGUCAAUGCUCGACCAGUGGCCCCGACGAUGGUCAACGCACGACCAGUGGCCCCGACGAUGGUCAACGCUCGACCAGUGACCACGAUAAUUGUCAAUGUUCAACCAGUGGCCCCGACGAUGGUCAACGCUCGACCAGUGGCCAUGACGAUGGUCAACGCUCGACCAGUGACCACGAUGAUUGUCAACGCUCGACCAGUGGCCCCGAUGAUGGUCAACGCUCAACCAGUGGCCACGACGAUGGUCAACGCUCGACCAGUGACCACGAUAAUUGUCAAUGUUCAACCAGUGGCCCCGACGAUGCACAACGUAUGACCAGUGGUGGUGCUGAUGGUCAGCAUGCAACCAGUGGCCGUCCUUAUGGCCAUCAAGUGACCAAUCCCCCUGCCGAUAGUCAGUGUGCAACCAGUGCCAGCAAUGAUGGUCAUCGUGCAUCCACUGCCAAAGCCUUUACGUCCCGUGUAACCAGUGCCCACAUCAGCAAUGGAACUGUUGAGAGCCGCUUUGCCGUCACUGCCAAUGGUGACAAUCUCUGUGAAUUUGAUCUCAAUAACGAAACUAACCCUGUUACAUUUGAUGCCAACACUGAUGAAUCUGAGCCAGUUGUUUUGUCGACCUCACCUUUCACAGAGGAAACUCAUUGGAAACAGUCCUUGCUUUAUCUGGACGAACCUGUCCAAGUGUUCCAGGAUACUGUGAUAAAGGGAAAAAUAACUUUAACUCCAGCUGUAGAUAAUCCACGACAUCUCCGGGUAUCCUUGGUUUACGAGAUUGGAGAUAGUGGAAAGAAAACAAAAGUAUUCAAAAUGGGGGAGGAUUUCUCUUCGUUUGAGUAACACUUUAUUGCUGCUUGCACCCAAAUGGACCCAUCAGUGCCUGAACAGUUAAACCGUUUUGCUGUUUGUUUUCCAGUUGUUUUCCAAACCGAUUCAGUUGUUCUUUGAAUGACUCAUUGUGAAAAAAUUGCCUUAACUCAAUGAACCCAUGCAGAGAGCCAAAGAAAGGAAUGGGCAAGUCAGGAAGAAAUAUACAACCCUAAAAUGUCAUUGACUUGCUGGAUUGAUGAUUGUGGGACAAAAAUAAAUUAAUUCAGAAUGAUUGCUGCUUUUGAGUUGCCAUUCAUGCAUGUAUACUUAAAAAUUUUAAUAACUUAAUGAACAAACUUUGUUUGGUUUGUCACUCCAAUGUAACCUGUAUUUGAACUCUGUGAAUUAUUGCACUGGUGUUUCUCAUGGUAAAUAGCUAGUUGCCUACUCUGAGUUAGUGUUCAUGCAAAGUAAAUUGACUCUCACUUGAAACAUAUUCUGGCGCAUUCAUGCAGCCCAAGUGGUAACUAAACUAAUUCCUGCUUUGUGUUGUUUUAGCUGAUUGAUGUCAGUGUUAGCCUCAGUAUCCUUGAGAAAGGGAAAAGGGCCAUGUUCUAUUUAAAAAGAAAAUAAGACACAAGUCACUGUUUUGGAAAAUCCUACGUCAGUUGUAUCACAGGGAUUUUACUUGAAGCAUCAACUUUUGAUUUCAAAUGCUGGCUAACUUGUGUUUUCGCAGUUUCUUUACUGGUUCAUCACAAAGUACCAUUGCAACUUUGUACCUUUGCAAACCCUUGCAGAAAAUAUUAAUAGAUCAAUCAAUUUUCAGUCACAUACAGUUUUGAGCUUUCUGAAACUAAUGAUUCUUUUCUAAAAUUGUUUGAUUGAGCUCUGAACACUGUAUCAACAAUGAGAUAAAAACAAUACUAAACCUGUCCACGCUUGUGUACUGUGAAAGUGUUAUGGGAGAGGUCUAAAACCCCAAGAGAUGUGUUGUUACAGAACACUUACCAUAUCCAAAUGGACAUAUAAUAUUUUAUGUAUCAAGCAGGCCAAAGAAGUAUGUCGCACUGUUAGUGUUUUAAAUUGUACCAAAUUUGAUAUUUUGUUGAAUUGUCUAAAUGAACACUAUUUAUUUAUAAAACAUAACAAAGUGCUGUUUA